AUGGACCCUUCAAUCCCAUACCACGAAGCCGCUAUAUCAAAGUUGCAAAACGGCAGUCUGUUCAUCCAGGAUGCCUUCAUUGACGGGAAGUGGGUAGCAAAGGAAAAGAAGUUUGACGUCUACGAGCCUUCUACCGGUACAGUCAUGGGUCAGGUGGCCAACUGCGACAGACUAGACUUCCAGACAGCGAUCCAAAGCGCAUCCACCGCUCAGACACGCUUCUGGGAGAGCUCAACGGGCGCGAGUCGUGGUGCCAUUCUCAGGAGGUGGUACGAAUUGAUCUUGAGCAACUCCGAUGACAUUGCCACCAUCUUGUGCCUGGAGAACGGAAAGACAUUCGCCGAGGCAAAAGGAGAGGUUACAUACGCGGCGAGCUUCAUCUCCUGGUUUGCUGAGGAAGCCGCCCGCUCUUACGGUGUAACCAUCCCUUCGUCCUCACUACACACUACGCUGUGGACUGUUCGUGAACCAGCUGGGGUCUGCGGCAUCAUUACGCCUUGGAACUUCCCAGCUGCUAUGAUAACAAGGAAGAUAGCUCCGGCCCUGGCCGCCGGAUGCUCUGUGGUGAUCAAGCCACCUAGCGAGACCCCUUAUACCUGCUUCGCCCUCACCAAGCUGGCGGUCGAAGCGGGCCUCCCAUCAGGUCUCAUUCAAGUGUGCCCGACCAAAGAUCGCGAAGCCUCAACGGAGCUGGCGACGAACCCUACAGUGAAGAAGAUCUCUUUUACCGGCUCUACUGGCGUGGGGAAGAUGCUGGCGAAGCUGGCGAGUAGUACCCUGAAGAAAGUUAGCUUGGAGCUUGGUGGCAACGCGCCAUUCAUCGUCUUUGAUGACGCGGAUCUGGAUCUCGCAGUGGAGGGGGCUAUGUUCUGCAAAUUCCGCUGCUCCGGCCAAACCUGCGUAUGUGCGAACCGAUUCUAUGUCCAAAAGGGUGUGGCCAAGGAGUUUACUAGGAAGCUGGUCGAGAAGGUCUCGGCCUUGAAGCUGGGACCUGGCCUAGAAGUAUCCACUACUCAAGGGCCUUUGGUGAAUAAGUCAGCCGUUGACAAGGUCCAAGAGCACGUGUCAGAUGCGGUCCAGAAGGGCGCCAAGGUCGAGAUUGGAGGCUCGGCUCCUGGAUUGUCAGGCUUCUUCUACGAGCCUACCGUCCUGUCUGGUGUGCCCAGAGAGGCAGCUGUGAGCAAAGACGAGACAUUUGGCCCGCUCGCUCCUAUAUUUGAGUUCUCCACGGAAGACGAGGCGGUUGAGCUGGCGAAUAACACCGAGUUCGGGCUCGCCGGGUACUUUUUCUCCAAGGAUGUCGGCCAGGUGAUGCGCAUGGCUCAGAGACUACAGGUUGGUAUGCUCGGCAUCAACACGGGCAAGAUUAGCGCUGCAGAAGCUCCGUUUGGCGGGAUCAAGGAGAGUGGUUAUGGAAAGGAGGGGAGCCUGUUCGGGCUGGCAGAGUACCAGAAUAUCAAGGCUGUCACGUUGGGCAACACUCAAUUGGGCGCUUGA